UAUCUAUGGCACUUCGAAUUGCAAAUAACAUUCCCUCUAUACUAUUCUCUACUUCUCGGUUCCAUUCUCUUUCAGGAUGUCAAAACUAAGGCACGCUUUCUAUCUUCUUCUUCUUCUUCUUUUGUUUAACGUAAGCCCAAGUCGAUGCCACACCAAAGGAUUUCGACCGAGGAAUUCAAUGGGGAAGCAAUUAGCAAGGAAUAUGACCCGAACCCAAUUCUCAGAACAGCAAUUUAUGAAGUGGGUCAAGUUUGUAGGUAAACUCAAACACACUGUUUUCAGAACCGCAAAGAAUAAGCUGUUCCCUUCUUACACUCUUACUGUGGCUAAACAUCCGGGGGCCGGAGAUUUCACAUCAAUUCAGGAUGCGAUUGAUUCUUUACCAUUUAUCAACCUUGUGAGAGUGGUCAUCAAGGUCCAUGCAGGUGUUUACACGGAGAAAGUUAACAUACCGCAAUUAAAAUCCUACAUAACCAUUGAAGGAGCAGGCGCAGAUAAAACAAUUGUGCAAUGGGGAGACACAGCCCAAACACCAGGACCAAGAGGGCAGCCCAUGGGGACCUACGCUUCUGCAACUUUUGCUGUGAAUUCCCCUUAUUUCUUUGCCAAGAACAUCACAUUCAAGAACACAACCCCAGUUCCAGCACCAGGGGCAAUAGGAAAGCAAGCUGUGGCACUUAGAAUAUCAGCAGACACAGCAUCAUUCGUGGGGUGUAGAUUCUUGGGAGCGCAGGACACGCUCUAUGACCAUGUGGGUAGGCACUAUUACAAGGAUUGUUACAUUGAAGGUUCUGUGGACUUCAUCUUUGGCAAUGGUCUAUCUCUUUUCGAGGGAUGUCACGUGCAUGCAAUAGCACAGAACAUGGGGGCCCUAACAGCUCAAGGGAGGAGCAGCCUUUUAGACGACACGGGUUUCUCAUUCGUGAACUGUAAGGUCACGGGCUCAGGAGCACUCUUCCUUGGGAGGGCAUGGGGUCCUUUCUCUCGGGUCGUCUUCGCUUACACAUACAUGGACAACAUUAUCAUUCCCAAAGGCUGGUAUAACUGGGGUGACCCUAAUCGUGAAAUGCAUACGCAUGUUAUCUAGACAGUUAAGCAAACCUACUCCCAGUGGUUGGCUCAUGACGUUGGAAGUUUCAUUUUGGCGGCCAGAACAGAGAAAGCAAGCAAGCAUGCGCAUGCAUGAAGGUAAUUGGUUUUUGCUGAUUUUUUAUGUUUUGUGGGUUUUCUGGUGCGAAUGCAGGACUGUGUUUUAUGGGCAGUACAAGUGCACAGGACCAGGAGCUAGCUUUGCAGGGAGAGUGUCAUGGUCCAGGGAACUUACUGAUGAGGAAGCCAAGCCUUUUAUUUCACUUAGCUUCAUUGAUGGGUCUGAAUGGAUUAAGUUGUAAUAAAUCCACAAUUUUUUUUUUUAUUUUCUUUUUUACAGUUAUUGAUCAUCUUUGUAAAAGUCUUGAUAUUGGACGGUGUGAAAUUUUUCUCUUCUUGAUGAUAUUAUUAUCAUUGUAGAAGAAUAUCAAGUAGUGGGAACCUCACCCAACAUAAAUAAUGUUUUCGGAUAUAUUAAUUAGAAAGGUCACAAAUCAUAUGAUAAAUUA